AUGUAUAGAUCUCAUCGUGCUGCUUUCUCGAAUAUUAUGUCAGAAAGCGAGUCAUCCCGAGAGUCAAUGCUAACGUUCACAUAUGUGAUGCAAAAUCUCGCAGCUUCGCGACAUCCACUUUGGACCAGCACAUCGCCUCCUCCAAAGGUCCUACGUCGCAGCGCCUCUGAUCAAAUUCACAAUCAAUUUCGCCUAGCAUCUUCGCCAUACGCACGCUCAUCCACAAUCAAUCAUCUAUACCAACCUCCGCAAAGCUUCAUCAUGAACAACCCCCCUCCCACCACCACCUCUGGUGCGCAGCAAAACCUCCUGCCGCCCUCCCUCUCGAUCGCUGAGAUCGAUGCCAACAACCACCGCCGCGAGCAAGCCAUCAAGAACAAGGUCAACGACCACCUCGUCGACGCCAUAAAGCUUUCCGUUGAAUACAGCGCCCUGCCCGACUGCGUGAAGAUGCAAGAUCUGGUCACCGCCAUCGAGAGCGCUGUCAUCAACGCGUUCAACGCAAGCGAUCGUAUGGGUGCCUGGGAUGUCGUGAAGGGAGGGCCUGAUCUGGAAGAGUUGUUCGUGGCUUUCGAGGUGUAUGUGGAUAAGUGCGUUGGUGUUGUUGCUGCGCUUCGUGAGGAUGUGGAGGUAUUGAGGGAGCUCGUGUAG